AUGCCGCGUCCCCCCCUGACCGCCGCGGGCCGGGCCCUGUCGGCCAUGGCCGAGCGCCCGCUGGCCAGCGCCAUCCGCGCCAAGCUGGAUGCGGCCCUACAACCCAGCCACCUGCAGGUCCUGGACGAGAGCCCCCGGCACGGCGGCCCCCCCGGAGCCGAAACCCAUUUCGCCGUGGUGGUGGUGAGCGGGCGCUUCGCCGGGCUGAGCCCCCUGCAGCGGCACCGCCUGGUCCACGCCGCGCUCAGCGCCGAGCUCGCCGGCCCCCUGCACGCCCUCGCCAUCGUCGCCAGGACCCCCGAGCAGUGGGACGCCGACCCCCGCGUCCCCCCCCGGCCCCCUUGCCUGGGGGGGUCCAAGCACGAGCGGCGCGGGGCCGCCGGAGACGCUACUUCGGCGUGA